GGCAAAAGAUUCUCCUCAGAAAUAAACAGCUUGGAAGAGACCUUGGUGAGGGAAGCAUAGACAAGGGAAAGAUCCAGUCAGAGAUACCAGGGGAGCAUCUGCAAGCAAUGGAGAGAAAUACAAGAAAAAUGGGACAGGGGAGGAAAAAAAAAAUAAGGUAAGGUGACAGAAAACACAGAGAGGGGAAAGAAAGGAAGGGGGAAAAUGCACGUGGUGUCCCCAAGUUUGGGCACAGCACCAGAGUUUGCUGCUUGUUGUCUCAUGAGCCCGGCACUUCGGGAAGGACAGUAUCUGUUUAGAUUUGUGUCUAAAUAUAAACCCCGAUUGCCUUGCCUCCCCCUCCUCUCGCCUCCCUCCCUUCCUCUCACCCACCCGCCCUUCUUCCUUGUUCGUCGUGCAGGGCCACUCGCUGGGCUCUGUCAGUUUUCAAGCAGGAGCUCGGAUGUUACAUACCCUCCACGGCGGCGCGAUUUUGCCCUGGCUCGGCUGAAGUUUUCCCACAGAUAAGAGGGAAAGGGGUGGGGAAGAAAGAUUGCCCCGAGGACACCUCUCUCUUGCAGGACAUGGAGAACAGGCCAGCAGAGACCAACUCAGAGGUGGACAAGUCGGCAUCACCCUCAGUGGCUCAGCUAGCAGGGAAAUUCAAAGAGCAAGCAGCCAAUAUCACUGGAAAAGAGGUACCACCACAUAAGCCAACUCGGAGGAAACCACCAUGCUCCCUUCCAUUGUAUUCCCACAAAACUGAGACAAGUGACAACGAUGAGCAAAAGCGGUCUCCAAAUGCUUGCCCCAUUCCCAAGGUCAAGGUGAAAAGCUCUCCCAUGAUUGAAAAGCUGCAGGCCAAUUUGGCUUUUGCUCCAGCUGCUCUGUUGCCAGGAGCAUCUCCCAAAAGCCCUGGUCUGAAAGCCCUGGUGUCCCCAUUCAGCACGCCUCCCUCAACACCCAGCAGCCCAGGGAUUCAGUCCCAGCCCAGUGAAGUGAGCGAGACACCGGUCAGCUUUGAUCAACCCCCAGAAGGCACUCAGCUGCAAUUCUACAACAAGGUGCGGACGAGGGGAUCGAUAAAGCGCAGGCCUCCCUCCAGGAGGUUCCGAAGAUCUCUGUCUGAGUACGGAGAUGGGGAAGAUUUAGGGGUAAACAUCUCCUCUCCAGAAAAUGGUGCCAAGGAAGAUGGGGAUGAGGUGUUUGGGCCCAAGGGCAAGACAGAGGAGGCAGAAACAGGGAGCAAAGAGCAAAAGAAACUGAUGGGGGCUGAUGAGAAACCCCCAUCAAGGAAAGGAUCCAGCAGAUCAGAAGAUGAAGAAAAAGGGGGAAAACAGGCAGAGGAAAUGACCCCUUGCAAGAGUAACACAGGGGACACAAAAGAGGAGAAGGUGUGUCAUGGUGUCCCAGGGGAAGAGAACUCUGCCCAGCCUCCCUCUGGAGACGAGAAGGUGUGUGAGGGUCCCCAGGGAGAAGAGCAGCAAGGCACUGCCUGUGAACAAGAGAGGGAGGACAAGGGGAAGGAAGAAGCUGAAGCUGAAGCAAAGGAGACUGGUGAGAGCACAGUGAGAACAUCAGACACUGAAGAAAUGCCACUGGCACCUGAGCCACUGCAAGAUGCAGUGGACUUAGGGACUGCCAGUGAGGAGGCUUCAACGUCAGCCACGCAGGACCAGAGCGCAGUGUAACCGUGAAGUACAGGCAUACCCAAUCAGGGCACAGGAGACACGUGAAUAGGAGCCAUCUAACCCAACCAAGGUGGAAGCUACUGGAAAACCUUCAGUGGCAGGAGAGGAGCAGAGUACGGAUAUUCCCUGAGGUCCAGACUCAUCCUGGAGCUGAGCAGCCACUCGCUGGCUCUCUGCUUUGCACCAUCAUAUUCUGGAUAGUUGGAACAAGAGACUGGCUUGCAAUCGCUUCAGAGUUCAAAACUGAGGUGUUGGCUGAUGUUGUUCGGUGCUAUUUGGGGACUGAGAGACCUGACAUGUGCUGUCCUGGAGCCAACAGUCACCACCACUGCUGGGCCCUCUGCUCCUUCAUCCUGCUCCAAAAUGUCUUUUUCUUCUUCCCUGCAUUGGUCUUAGAUGAAGUUCAUCAGUUACAUACAUACAUGUAUGGUGCCUUUUUGGUAGCUUCUUUUGAAAUAUUUUGGGUUUUCGAAUUUCAGUAAAUAAUGUUGUAACAGUAGGAAAAAGUAUGUUUUCUCUGUAUACGCUGUAUGGCAGACAAUGUGAACCCUGAACACAGGCAAAACUCUUAGGACAUUGUUCAUAAAGGAUAAAAUGCCUUGAAGUGGGGGUCGAGCUGGCUGAUCUGUGAAACAACCAGCUGUGGUAGGCAAUUUUCUACGUGCUCCAGUUUUGGGGUGUUUUUAGUGCUGGUGGAAAGUAACAACCAAUACAUUUCAUGCACAGAAAAGAUGGGCUGGGUAAGUUAACAGGGCAAGUUUUCUUAUCCCAUGUUGGGCUCUAGUCCAGAUUUAGAAGGGCCACCUGCCUGUCAGUCUUUCUCACUUCCAGACCCUAUCCAGUCUUUUGAUUCUCUUUUGAAACUUCCAGCCACCAAGCGCCACUUGUGAUAGAAAGCAUCCUGGCUUACUGGAAACAGCUGAUUGAUUUUAUGUAGGUCAAAGAAGAGGUCCUAGAUGGCUGAGUUUCCAGUCAUAUAGCCUGACGAAUAUGAAUUGGUGAAAGUCAGAUAGCCAGUCCCUCUUAAGUACUUAGGCAUUGUACUAGAUUUGCAUUUGCUCUUGGGGUACUAGUUAAGUCAUAGGUCUGGCAGUUGCUAAGUGAAAAAAGCUUUUACAUCUGGAGAGUAUUUGUUGCCUCCAAGAAAUAAAUUAUUCAAGGAAAGAUAGAUAACAGACCCUCACCUGACCAGUUUCCUAAUAGUAGUGCUUGAAGCUGUAUCUGCAAUACUGAAUAAAAAGCUGCUCUGGCUCAAGGCCAUGGGGCUCAUGUCCACAGCAUGACGUGGAGCUGUGGACAAGUCUGGGCUCACUGGAGACAGCGAGCCAGACUUGUCAAAAGCUGAGCCAAGGAGUCAGCUAGCUGUUAGGUGGUGUGAACUGCCAGGGGCCAGUGCUUGAACCUGCCACCAGCCACCUAAUACCAAGCCAGACAGACACAGCUACAAAGACCAAGGGCAGAAGCAGCCAGCUCCUCUUCGUCCAUCACAAAGCUUCUCCUAACAAACAUUAAACUGAGCAGAGCUGGAGGCUUGGGUUGGCCCUGUUUCUUUGGACAGGCGUGAGCAUUUCAAACAACACAGCCCACAUCCAUCCUCGAGUGGGCUCUGCCACACAGCAAUGUUACAAACCCGAUGGUUUUGAGCGAUAUCCCCUUUCUGUUCACCAGCUCUAAAAUCAUGUGGAAAGAAGCAGCUCUGCGCCCUUUCUUUUCUUUUUCCUAGGUGAAAGCACCAAGGUCUCACUUGCUGAGAACCAGCAACAUUGACCCUCUUGCGUAGCAUGGGCUUGUUGGCAAACACAUCCUUUCAAGCCACAUUAUGGAGCGUUGUUGCCUUUGAAUCCAUUUUAAUCUGUUUGUUAGAGCUUGUAUUCCAGGGCAGGCUGCAAUCAUCCGCUGUAUCCUGCUUCUUCUCUCAGCAGAGUGUCCCACUUGGAUGUGAGUGAUUGUGCCUUACUGUAUAUAUAGAUAUAUGUGUGCCUGUUUAGAGAAUGAGUAUGUGUGUCCCGAGCAGCGGAAUGGAAAUCCAAGGGAAAAACAGAAGAAAUAAAUGGUGGAAUAAAGCAA